GCGGAGCCGAGCGUCGAGCGCGCCCCUUCCGGCGGCGGCGGCGGGCGGUUCCGGCGCGCGCCCGGGGCGGCGGCGCACGGCGGGGGUCGGUUGGGCCGGGCGAGCGCGGAGGGCACGCCGCGCCGCCGCCGCCAUGCAGCUCACCGUGAAGGCGCUCCAGGGCCGCGAGUGCAGCCUGCAGGUGUCGGAGGACGAGCCGGUGUCCUCGCUCAAGCUCCUGGUCGCCGAGAGGCUGAACGUGCCCGUGCGCCGGCAGCGGCUGCUGUUCAAGGGCAAGGCCCUGGCCGAUGGGAAGAGACUUUCCGAUUACAGCGUGGGGCCCGACUCCAAGCUCAACCUAGUGGUCAAGCCGCCGGAGAAGGCGCCCCGGGAAGACGACGGCGCGCGGAGGCCGCCCGAGAGCCCGCCGGCCGCCUGGCAGCUGGUCUCCAAGGUCCUGGCCCGCCACUUCGGCGCCGCGGACGCCGGCCGAGUCCUGGAGCAGCUGCAGAGGGACUACGAGAGGUCCCUGAGCCGCCUGACGCUGGACGACAUCGAGCGCUUGGCCAGUCGCUUCCUGCACCCCGAAGCGACCGAGACUGUGGAGAAGGGCUUCCCCAAAUAGGAUGCGCGGGGUGCGGGGAGGAGCCCCCCGGCCGCCGGCACGUGUGGCAUUAAACGUGUGCUCGCUGGC